CUGGAGCCAGCUCACACUGGGUGAGAGGUGGUCCAUACUAGACAGUUAGUAUUGUGCAACACAUCUUCUACCAAGUGAGAUUAGAGAGAUCUCUCUGUGGAGAAUUUGUGGAAGCAUGAUGUGGGAUGGAUAAACAACAAGGAAACUCUGCUAUGGCCUCUAAUGACCCUGACCUUCCUGACCCCUCUGGUGACCCCCAGCCUGGUGACCUCAUUGAGAUCUUUAGACCAGCCUAUCAGCACUGGGCUCUCUACCUGGGAGAUGGUUACAUCAUCAACCUAACUCCUGUUGAUGAGAGCCAGGCAGCUGCCAUGUCCAGUGUGAAGUCUGUCUUCAGCAGGAAGGCAGUGGUGCGCAUGCAGCUGCUGAAAGAGGUGGUGGGAAGCGACUCGUACCGUGUCAACAACAAGUACGACCACAACCACACACCCCUGCCCGUCUCUGAAAUCAUCCAGCGAGCGCAAGUCCUCAUUGGCCAGGAGGUGUCUUAUGACCUGCUGGGGAGCAACUGCGAGCACUUUGUUACCCUUCUGCGCUACGGGGAGGGGGUGUCCGAGCAGGCUACACGGGCCAUUGGGGCCAUCAGUUUGGUGACGGCAGCAGCCAGUGCCUUCUCUGUCCUAGGACUGAUCAACACAAGAUCCAGAAACAGGCCUUUCUGACAGCUAUGUUCUUCACAGAAGGGUGUUUUCUCCCAACAUUCAUGCAGCUGUGAUAAAAAAAAAUUUAAAAAAGAAAUGAAGCAUAA